CGCUGGAUUAACUUUCAGGCUUUCCAUGAAGAACAGUUCCAUCGCUUUCCCCGCUGGGUUGUAGAGGACGCCAAUGGGGAACUCCUACGCAGGCCAGCUGCGGACCACGCGCUUUGAGGAGGUCCUCCAUAACUCCAUCGAGGCGGCGCUGAGGUCGAACACUGUCGUGCCUCGACCGGUCUUCUCACAGCUUUACCUCGAGACGGAGCAGCCAUUGGCUCCUCAGGAUGGUGGGUUGCAUGCAUGCAGAGGAGAAGGCCGCACUGAGAAUGAUGAUGAGGAUGAUGAAGUUGGUUCAGAGUCUAACAGCCCCCCAAUACCCUAUCAGAUGAAGCCCCCCCCUGAGGGAUGCUGCACUAUAGAUGGCUUUUGUCAGGCAGGCAGAGACCUGCGUCUGUCCUCGCUGGCACCAGAUCCCUCCGAUGUGCCCCCUGGAUUCAUGCUGGUCGGGGUGAGGUCCCCCUCCCUCCCCGAGACCCUGCUGGUGUGUGCCGUGGACCGCCGCUUCCUGCCAGACGAACGGGGUCACAACGCACUGCUGGGCUUCCUCGGGAACUGUAUGGGCUGUGGCGAGAAAGGCUUUCGUUACUUCACAGAGUUCUCUAACCACAUAAACCUGAAGCUCAACACCCAGCCCAAGAAACAGAAGCACUUGAAGUACCAUCUGUAUCGAAACAACCAGGGUGUGCUGGUCAGAGGAGCUCCCAUCUGCUGGAGGGGACACGAUGGCAGGAUGAGACAGAUGGGGUCCAGCCUCUCAGAAAGCCAUGUGACAUCAGACGAACAGCCAGCAAACAUGGCACUGACACACCCAACACACACACCUGGCAGCUCCACAGCAGGAUCAAAUGUGGACCCGAUCGGUCUGCCACAAAUUACUGAUGUCCCACACUCGCUGACAAAUGGCAGCGCAGCCGUCACGCAGCCCCCUUUAAACCAGUCACGGCCUGGAAGACCCGCAGCUAAAGGCUCCCAUGCGAAUGCAGGACCUCCAAAAAAGAGGCACAAGGGCUGGUCGCCCGAGUCCUCUGCCAACAGUCUGCCGGAAAGCACUGCGAAGACUCCCCCAUCUUCAUCAGCCUUAUCCACACCGUCGGUGUCCUCUGUCAUCACAAAUGGAGCCAGAUCAGAGACUGCAGCCCCGCUGAGUUCAUUGCAGGGAGCCCCCUUAACUCCACUUUCUGCAGCGGGGUUGUGUGUAACAAUCCCCGAUCAGCUGCUACACACCUGCAGACAGCAACCGGUCAUCUUUAAAGGUCAUGGCCCGCUCCCUCAGCUGACUGGAAAUGCCAACGAAGUGCUCCUCAGUUCUCUGCUUCAAAGUUGUUACCUGAGCUCUAAGAUACUCCCCAGAGUCUACCAGCACUAUGGACCGUCACCCAUUCAGCCAUUGUCCACUGAGAUGCAGAUUCUACUCACAGUCUACUACCUCGUUCAGCUAGGCCCUGAGCAGGUGCCUCUAAUAGAAGACUUGGAGCAGAUAUUCAUGAGGUCGUGGAGGGAGUCUCACCUCAGCGAGAUCAGACAGUACCAGCACCCUCAAACACCAGCCAGCCAGGGGAGGCACUACGGCAUAGAGACCACAUCCACGCUGCCUGGGCUUCCCCAGCAUUUCUCCUUCCCUCCCCAGAGCCAACAACCCCUGACCCCCAGCCAGCUCCCUUGGCUCGCCCAGCUGGCUACAUCCUCCUGUGGAGAGGGCGUGGUGGUCUUAGGGGAAAAGAUUGGAUCGUUGGCUCAAGGCCUCCAGCAAAUGUUCAGCAGACUAAUGGAAGGACGGCUUGAAAACACCAACUACGUCGUCAUUAUUGUCACGACACCGGGACAGGAAACCCAGUCCUGCGUGGUGGUCACAGGUAAACACCAGUGUCGUGCCUUGGCAGAGAGUAUGUACUCCCCCAAAGAGGGUCUGAAAGAAAUCAACCACCAGCUCUCCACAGGUGUUGCCCAGGAACUCAUCCAUUACUGCAAUUCCCAAGAAGAUGGUGACUUAGAUUCCCUGCUGGAUAGUGCCACUGUGGACAGCAGCGAGCCGUCUCCCUUAUCCAGUAGUCAAGAAUCGGCUGAGGAGAGGAGUCUUAAAACCACACACAGUCCCAAAGACACAAACAGUCCAAAGGAUUCACACAAACAGUGUUCGAAAGACUUACCCAGCCCUAAAGAGAGAGCCUCGAGUCCCAAAGACACCUGUUCAGAGUACUCCGUAGAGUGGCGUGAGGUUCGUCCCAUUCAGCUGGCGGUGGCCAGAAAGCUGCUGUCCCACGUUUGUGCCAUAGCCGACUCCAGCACACAGAACCUGGACCUUGGCUCCUUCGACAGGGUCAGCUUCCUCAUCCUGGUCCCGUCCUCGGAGGUCACAUUUCAGCAGACCGUUCUUCAACUCUGGAAAUCUGGUGUGCUUCAGGAGCUCUUGGGUUUAGAGCAGACGUGUGUGUCUCAACGGGAGGCUGAGCGCUACGUGGUCAAGAUGGAUCAGAGCGCUCAGGCGCGGAUCGACAGCCUCAUCCAGGAAGCACAAAGCAACUCCUACACACUCUACAUCCUGGUCCACGACCAUGCCCACUGUGACAUUAACAGUGCAUCCCACAGUAGCUCAGACAGUAGUUUGGGUCUGGUGGACCAGCUGCUAAACUCCCGUCAGGUCCGAGAUGCUCCGAACAUCCUAAUUCUUCACGUCACCUCCUUCCCCUUCGCCCUGCAGACACAGUAUACCCGCAUCAGCCCAUACAAUGAGAUCCACUGGCCCUCUGCAUUCAGUAAUGAUGUGGACCUGUAUCACGAGAAGACGCGCUACUUUGGCGUGUCAGAGCUUUUAGAGUCGACCCGUUCGGGGAGCAGCCUGCCUCUGAUGCGUCACGACUUCUCCUUUGAAAGCAUGGCAUCUGCCCUGGAAGAAAGGUUCCCUAAACUGCACAGCGCUGUGAUCCGGACGACAGUUUUGAUCCAACACUACUGCGUGGCUCUGAUGGCUGCAUCCGGCAGAAUCAGCAGUUGCCACAAUCUCCACAAACACACCUCCGUGGAGACCCUGGAGAUCGUACAAUCACUGCUCACUGCUUCCCAGCAAUGUCCCGCCCACCACGGUCACAUGGUCCUGCUGCGGAUCCCCUCUUUGGCUCUGGCAGAAUGGGCCCACCGACGGCUGUCCAGAGUGAGGAGGCAGCUCGGUCUCGAGGAGAGUUUUGAAAUCAUCCUGGGGAAUCCAAACCAAGCUCUUAAUAUCGGACCAAGCUUCACCGAUCAGAUCAAGACAUGGCUGAAGAUCCAGGAUGCUGACUGGGUUCCUCAGACCUACCUGGAGCUGGAGGCCCUGCCCUGCAUCCUGAUCCUGUCAGGAGCCGAGCCACUGGGGGAGUCACUGCCAAGGUCACUGAAGUAUUGUGAUCUCAGAGUGAUAAGCUGCUCCUACCUUCAGCGAACCACUCUGGAACAAGAGCUGGGACUGGCUGCUUAUCUUGUGAGAGCGGAGACUCGACCUCCGCACAACCCCGGACCAGGGAGUGACCUGCUGGAGAGCGACGCGGAGAAACUCAGCAGUACUGACAACGAGGAGGAGGAGGGCCAGGAGAACGGGGACUCGCCUCUGUCAUGCAGCCAGCAGCUCCAGUCAUGUCCAGACAGCGGAGCUUUAGAUCCCGCCCCCGCCCAGAGCACCACCUCUCCAAAUGUCUCCCAAAAAGGGACAACGGACGCCAUACAACCUCCCUCACAAUCACAGACUCAACUUCAACCCCAGGCCCCAUCUUUUCCGUAUCCUCAAGCUACAACACAUCAACCGCAACUGCAGAGUUAUCCCCAGGCCCAACCAGUCUCCCAGCUGCAGCCACAACCUCAAAUUCAGAGUCAAAAUCAGUCAUUAUCUCAAACAAGUUCCCAAGCGUACUCUCAGAUGCUUCCUCAGCCCCAGGCCCUCUCUCAGAUGCAAACACCCCACCCUCCAACUCAACCGCACGCCCCCGCCCAGUCUCGUCGGCAGCACUCCAAAUCCACCUCCUCGGGCUCGUUGUCUCCACGCGCCUCCUCUCCUCAUCAGAGCUGCUCCUGGGCGCGGGGAGUGAGUCGCCCGCCUUCUGUGCUCCUCCCUCGUGCCCUCUACGACAUCGUCACAGCCAGUGACAGCAGUGGGUUUCCACGAUGUACGUCAUUCCUGCCACACAUGUCUGUCGCAUGGGCGAGCAGCUUCAGGCCCUUGCUGAGUAAGAUGAUGACAUGUACGGAGCAGUCGCUGUACUAUCGUCAGUGGACCGUCCCCCGCUCCUACCACAUGGACAGCAGCAACCGCACUGAGGGACGAAGUGACAACUUUCACCCCCGCAGGCUGCUGCUCAGUGGACCCCCUCAGGUCGGUAAGACGGGAGCGUACCUGCACUUCCUGGGUAUUCUGUCUCGGAUGCUGAUCCGGCUGAUGGAGGUGGAUAUCUACGAUGAAGAAGACAUCAACUACAGUGCACAGGCGGAGGGCACGUCUCACCACCCACCCAACGCCUCCUGGCCCAACCCAGACAUUAUGAGGACGAUGCCCUUUGACUACACCAUCCAUGACCCCAAAUAUGAUGACAUCAGUUCUGUCUAUUGCCCUGGAUCUACACCUACUUUUGAGGGAAACCCUGUCCGCCAGGAAGAUGUGUACCUGCGUCGGAGGACAUCUAGGAUCAAGCUGUCUAAAUAUGCAGCCUACAACACAUACCACCACUGUGAACAGUGUCAUCAGUACCUGGGCUUCAACCCCAGAUACCAGCUGUACGAGUCAACACUUCAUGCCUUCACAUUCACCCAUCUGCUGCUUGGGGAAGAGAUCCAGCUCUACUUCAUCAUCCCAAAGUCUAAGGAGCACUACUUCAGCUUCAGCCAACCAGGUGGCCAGCUGGAGAGCAUGCGGCUGCCUCUCACCUCUGAUUGGAGCCCAGACUGCAUCAAGAGUCCAAUCUUCACCCCGACCACAGGUCGCCACGAGCACGGUCUGUUUAACCUGUACCAUGCUAUGGAUGGAGCUUCACAUCUACACAUCCUGGUGGUCAAAGAGUACGAGAUGGCUGUGUAUAAGAAGUACUGGCCCAACCACAUCAUGCUGGUACUGCCCACCGUCUUCAACAGAGCUGGAAUAGGUGCGGCUCACUUCCUGAUUAAAGAGCUCUCGUAUCACAACUUGAAGCUGGAGCGCAGUCGGCGUUUGGAGGGCGGGGGCCCGGCGGUCGACGUCUGGCCCUUCGUCAUCCUGACCGACGACUCCUGCGUUAUGUGGAACGCGGUGGACCUCGACGCACGCAACGGUGCAGGGGAGCACGCUGUGUCCCUGAAGCAGAUGUUACAACACAUGGAGGCCUGUCCAGACCUGGCCCACUACGGACUGUGCGGGAUCAGGAAGUGGAGCAGCCGUGGACUAACAGGUAAUCAACAGAGGGAGCCCUUCUCCAGAGGUCACCUGCAUGACUUCCUCCUCCUCAAUGUCGACCGGAGCCAGAAUGUCCAGUACGACCAGAACCGCUUCACCUGUCACGAUGUGGACUUCACGCUGAGGCUGCACAGCGCCGGGCUGCUCGUCUGCCGCUUCAACAGCUUCAGCGUCAUGAAGAAGCAGAUCGCCAUCGGAGGAUACAGGAUGUUCAUAAUCAAGACCAAGACGACGGAUGUUCCCACCUCAGUGGGGCCCUCGCAGUACAUCUGUGCCCCGGACAGCAAGCACCUUUUCCUGGCUACACCGGCUCAGCUUCUCCUGGAAAAAUACCUUCAACACACCAGACAGAAGCUGUUUCCACUCAGCACCAAGAACUACACCCACCCUGUGCUGUCGGUGGACUGUUACCUCAACCUGGGACCUGAGGUGACGGUGUGUUUUGUGAGUUCGAGACCUCACUCGGUCAACAUCAGCACCACGGGGCUGCUGUUCAGCGGCCUUCUCCUCUGCUUCGCUGACUCCUUUGUGACGCCCGGCUUUCUCAAGAAGUUCUCCUUCCUUAAAGGAGCGACUCUGUGCGUCAUCAGCGUGGAUCGAAGCUCUUUGAGGCAGACGGUGGGCAGGCUGGAGCUGGAGGAGGAGUGGAGGUUCAGGCUCAGCGAUGAGUUCCAGACCGCCAACGCCAAGGAGGACCGACCGCUCUUCUUCCUCACCGGGAAACAUAUCUGACUGGAACACAUGCGAACAGAGUCAGGGUCAACAUCACUUUAAAGGACGAAGAGAAUAAAUGUGCCAGAGUGUUUUCAUAGCAUAACAGUGUGCACUGGCGUCGGCUCCGGAUGGGCAAUAACAUGUGUUAUGGCCAAAGAAACAAGAGGAAAUAAUGUUGCUUUAUUUUUUUUAUUUUUUUUACGUGGCCUUUAUUGAGUCCUGGUUAUCCUGGAAAUUAGUGAAACAGUGUCCAGGAAACAUCAACUUUUUUUUUUUCAGGAACCUUUUUCUGAUAAUUAAAUGGUUGUUGGCAUUAAGUGCACCAUUCAUGAAUCACAAGUAAUAUUUUUGAAGAAAUAAAUAAAUCCUAAUCUGAAAAAAGCUAAAACAUUGUAGAGUUCAGUGGUGAUAAAAAAGGUUAAAGGAUUAAUCUUAGAAUAAAUUGACAACUACAGAGCAUCUUGAUUGUAUUUUUGAAGGAGGAAGAUGUUCAUCAACCAUUUGUUUCCCCUCAGAAGAAACUCACGAGACUCGGGUCCUGCUUUUGUAUAUCUUCAUAUGUGUUCAAGUUAAUAUUGCAAUAUUACAGUGUUCUGUACAGUACAUGCAUGGGCACACAAUAUGAGAAGCUUUACAUAAGGGUGGAAACAAUCAUUUGUGUGCAAUGGUAGCCGAUUAUUGGCAACACAUUUUUUUUUAUUGGGUUCUUUUUCUAUGUUCCUUGCUUUUGGAUAUGAAUAUAUUUUGUAAGAAUUUGAAUUAUGUUUAAAAAAAAGUACUAGUUUUGUGUUUGGAUGAGGAACAUUUGUUGUGCUUUAUGCUCAGUAGACUGAAUGAGAAUUGUACUUUUAACUGAAGAGACACAAAUCCACUGUGUGUCUUAAGCAUUUCACAAUGUACAGUUUUGUAUGGCUUUAUUGUAUAAAUGUACAGACAUUUUACAUGUA